GGCAACUCAACGGCCUCUGGCAUUGGGCUAUAAGAGGAGCUUGACCGUUGGUGCACCCUGGACGCCGCCAUGGCUCACCGGCCCCCCAGCCCUGCCCUGGCAUCUGUGCUGCUGGCCUUGCUGCUGAGCGGUGCUGCCCGAGCUGCGGAGAUCGUGGGCGGGCACGAGGCGCAGCCACACUCCCGGCCCUACAUGGCCUCCCUGCAGGUGCGGGGGAGCCUGGGCAGCCACUUCUGCGGAGGCACCUUGAUCCACCCCCGCUUCGUGCUGACGGCCGCGCACUGCCUGCGGGACAUCCCCCAGCACCUGGUGAACGUGGUGCUCGGAGCCCACAACGUGCGCACGCAGGAGCCCACCCAGCAGCACUUCUCGGUGGCUCAAGUGUUUCUCAACAACUACGACGCUGAGAACAAACUGAACGACGUUCUCCUCAUCCAGCUGAGCAGCCCGGCCAACCUCAGUGCCUCCGUUGCCACAGUCCAGCUGCCACAGCAGGACCAGCCAGUGCCCCACGGCACCCAGUGCCUGGCCAUGGGCUGGGGCCGCGUGGGCACCCACGAUCCCCCAGCCCAGGUCCUGCAGGAGCUCAAUGUCACCGUGGUCACCUUCCUGUGCCGGCCACAUAACAUUUGCACUUUCGUCCCUCGCCGCAGCGCCGGUAUCUGCUUCGUAAGUAACUUCGCCCCCGCCCCAGGCACCGGGCUGCCAUAAGGGGAGGAGGGCAGCGGCCAGGGUUCCACACCACCUCCUAGCUGUGUGGCUUCAUGCUGUGCCUCAGUCUCCCCACCCGGAAGGUGGGCACACCCAACACCCAACGGGCAGGCUCAGCGGGGUGGGGGCGCUCACAUUGCUCCUGGCUGCCUGGGUGGGUCUGGGGGUUCCCUGCCCCCACUCUGCUCUAGGACCACAGGAAGGUGUGGGAGACCCAUCCGCCCUCACCCGGCAGCCCCUUCCAGAAUCCAGGACUCCAGGUAUCCAGCGGGAGGCCCGUAAAUGCCCAGUUCCUACGAAUGACCUCAGCCCCUCCCUGCUCACACUUU